AUGCCGAGAUCGCACGCAAACCGCCGCAAGGGCAGGAAAGAGAAGGAGGAGAGGGAGGCUCUCGCGCAGCAGGCUCUCGCCGAGCAAGCCCUCGCCUCCGGAUCGGCCCUUCCCGAACCCCCUCCCGUUUCCGGUAAGUCUAUCCACCCAUUUAAACAUCCAUUGAUCUCAAUCUAACACCCCGACAAGACGACUCGGUCGGCGAGAUGGCCGACUCCACCAGCCAAGACGCGGCGCAAUGGCGCCAAAAGUACGACGACCAAGUGCAGAAGAACGCAGACGACUACGAAGAGAACAUUGCCCAGCAGAGCCAGAUCGACGAGCUUGUGAAGCAGCUAGAAGAAGUCAAGAGAUCCCUCAAGGAAGAGCAACGCCUGCGACGAGCGGCUGAGAAGCAAGAGUCCGGAGUUCGUGAAGCGCGCGAAAAGCGAGACGAGGACGUGGCCAGCAUCACCGAGUCGCAUGCCAGUGAAAAGAGAUGGCGCAUACAACUGCAGAACCAGCUCAAGGAAGCACAACAAAGCCUCGCAGAUGCCCAGUCUUUCGCGGACAAUUUGCAGAGACAGGUUGGCGAUACGAAAUGGGAUGCGCAACAGAGCAGAGAGGCUGUCGAGGAGAAAGAUGCGCUGCUUGCUGGGGCCAAUGAGCGACAAGCAGAACUGGAGGAGGAGCUGAGAAAGGCUCAAGAACAGGCUGCAGAAGACCAAAGAGCCGUCAGCCUCAUGGACGCAAUCAUUGACACCCUCGAAGCGGAGUUUGAAGCCCUCGGAAAGGAGCUUACGCCUAGCGAGCUGCACGACUACCUGGAAGGACUACUCACCAAAUCGCACAUGGCCCGCAACGCGUCCGAAGUCAGUAUGGAUGAUGCCGCAUUCUCCAGUCGACCGCUGCCCAAGAGCAGAGAUGGAAUGCGCAGCAGCUCACUCCACGACGAACUCGACCAGCUCGACGAGACCAACUUUGAGCGCGAAGGCAAAGCCUCAGCAGUCGAGUACGACAGCAAGAUGACCAUGACUGACGAAGAAGAGCCUCCCAAGUACGCCGACAGCCAGACCAUGACGGACAUCCAACGAGAUCAAAUCAUCAUCACCACCCACCAACCCACCACUACUGUCAUCCAACAAGGUCCAGGCCAGACCGUCUACGUGGAGAGAGGCUUCUGGGCCAGCAUGCCGCUCCCACUGAAAAUCUUCCUCACGUUCCUGACUCUGCUAUUGAUCACGCAUACCAUCGGCGCCUCGUAUGAGCGUCGCAUGUGGAUCGAAGCCAACACCAUCACCACCUCGACGAUCGACUACUAUUCCCAACCCGGUCUGCUCGGCCUGCUCUCGAACCAACUGCUGGGCAGUGGCUUCAGAUACAGCGCCUUUGCACCGUACGGCUGA